AUGGCCCCAGCAAAGGCGAUGAAGGCAAAGAAGGUUGCAAUGAAAGCCAUGAAGGGUCAGAAGGCAAUGUCAAAGGGAACUCUUCUUGGUGAGUUGGUCAAUGCAACUGAGCUCAAGAGGUCGGACGUUUCCAAGGUCCUGAACACGUUGGCUGAGAUCGGCGCAGAUGAGGUGAAGAAGUCUGGGAAGUUCACUCUUCCAGGACUGUGCAUGAUCAAAACUCGCAAGAAGGCAGCGACCAAGGCUGGCAAGAGGAUGAUGUUCGGCAAGGAGGUGAUCGUGAAGGCCAAGCCUGCCAAGACUGUGGUCAAGGCAUUUCCCGUGGCUCUAGUUGGCAGUGACACAAUCGACUUUCAUCCCCUGACCUUCGGUGGUGACAGUUGGGAUUCGGCUCAAGCUGCUUGUGUUGUCUUUUCUUCCCGCGACCUUUCUAAAAUCAUGGCCCCAGCAAAGGCGAUGAAGGCACAGAAGGUUGCAAUGAAAGCCAUGAAGGGUCAGAAGGCAAUGUCAAAGGGAACUCUUCUUGGUGAGUUGGUCAAUGCAACUGAGCUCAAGAGGUCGGACGUUUCCAAGGUCCUGAACACGUUGGCUGAGAUCGGCGCAGAUGAGGUGAAGAAGUCUGGGAAGUUCACUCUUCCAGGACUGUGCAUGAUCAAAACUCGCAAGAAGGCAGCAACCAAGGCUGGCAAGAGGAUGAUGUUCGGCAAGGAGGUGAUCGUGAAGGCCAAGCCUGCCAAGACUGUGGUCAAGGCAUUUCCCGUGGCGAUGAAGGCAAAGAAGGUUGCAAUGAAAGCCAUGAAGGGUCAGAAGGCAAUGUCAAAGGGAACUCUUCUUGGUGAGUUGGUCAAUGCAACUGAGCUCAAGAGGUCGGACGUUUCCAAGGUCCUGAACACGUUGGCUGAGAUCGGCGCAGAUGAGGUGAAGAAGUCUGGCAAGUUCACUCUUCCAGGACUGUGCAUGAUCAAAACUCGCAAGAAGGCAGCGACCAAGGCUGGCAAGAGGAUGAUGUUCGGCAAGGAGGUGAUCGUGAAGGCCAAGCCUGCCAAGACUGUGGUCAAAGCAUUUCCAGUGGCUCUAGUUGGCAGUGACACAAUCGACUUUCAUCCCCUGACCUUCGGUGGUGACAGUUGGGAUUCGGCUCAAGCUGCUUGUGUUGUCUUUUCUUCCCGUGACCUUUCUGAAAUCAUGGCCCCAGCAAAGGCGAUGAAGGCAAAGAAGGUUGCAAUGAAAGCCAUGAAGGGUCAGAAGGCAAUGUCAAAGGGAACUCUUCUUGGUGAGUUGGUCAAUGCAACUGAGCUCAAGAGGUCGGACGUUUCCAAGGUCCUGAACACGUUGGCUGAGAUCGGCGCAGAUGAGGUGAAGAAGUCUGGGAAGUUCACUCUUCCAGGACUGUGCAUGAUCAAAACUCGCAAGAAGGCAGCGACCAAGGCUGGCAAGAGGAUGAUGUUCGGCAAGGAGGUGAUCGUGAAGGCCAAGCCUGCCAAGACUGUGGUCAAGGCAUUUCCCGUGGCUCUAGUUGGCAGUGACACAAUCGACUUUCAUCCCCUGACCUUCGGUGGUGACAGUUGGGAUUCGGCUCAAGCUGCUUGUGUUGUCUUUUCUUCCCGUGACCUUUCUGAAAUCAUGGCCCCAGCAAAGGCGAUGAAGGCAAAGAAGGUUGCAAUGAAAGCCAUGAAGGGUCAGAAGGCAAUGUCAAAGGGAACUCUUCUUGGUGAGUUGGUCAAUGCAACUGAGCUCAAGAGGUCGGACGUUUCCAAGGUCCUGAACACGUUGGCUGAGAUCGGCGCAGAUGAGGUGAAGAAGUCUGGCAAGUUCACUCUUCCAGGACUGUGCAUGAUCAAAACUCGCAAGAAGGCAGCGACCAAGGCUGGCAAGAGGAUGAUGUUCGGCAAGGAGGUGAUCGUGAAGGCCAAGCCUGCCAAGACUGUGGUCAAAGCAUUUCCAGUGGCUCUAGUUGGCAGUGGCACCAUAGACUUUCAUCCCCUGACCUUCAGUGGUGACAGUUGGGAUUCGGCUCAAGCUGCUUGUGUUGUCUUUUCUUCCCGUGACCUUUCUGAAAUCAUGGCCCCAGCAAAGGCGAUGAAGGCAAAGAAGGUUGCAAUGAAAGCCAUGAAGGGUCAGAAGGCAAUGUCAAAGGGAGCUCUUCUUGGUGAGUUGGUCAAUGCAACUGAGCUCAAGAGGUCUGACGUUUCCAAGGUCCUGAACACGUUGGCUGAGAUCGGCACAGAUGAGGUGAAGAAGUCUGGCAAGUUCACUCUUCCAGGACUGUGCAUGAUCAAAACUCGCAAGAAGGCAGCGACCAAGGCUGGCAAGAGGAUGAUGUUCGGCAAGGAGGUGAUCGUGAAGGCCAAGCCUGCCAAGACUGUGGUCAAGGCAUUUCCCGUGGCUCUAGUUUGCAGUGACACCAUCAACUUUCAUCCCCUGACCUUCGGUGGUGACAGUUGGGAUUCGGCUCAAGCUGCUUGUGUUGUCUUUUCUUCCCGUGACCUUUCUGAAAUCAUGGCCCCAGCAAAGGCGAUGAAGGCAAAGAAGGUUGCAAUGAAAGCCAUGAAGGGUCAGAAGGCAAUGUCAAAGGGAGCUCUUCUUGGUGAGUUGGUCAAUGCAACUGAGCUCAAGAGGUCUGACGUUUCCAAGGUCCUGAACACGUUGGCUGAGAUCGGCACAGAUGAGGUGAAGAAGUCUGGGAAGUUCACUCUUCCAGGACUGUGCAUGAUCAAAACUCGCAAGAAGGCAGCGACCAAGGCUGGCAAGAGGAUGAUGUUCGGCAAGGAGGUGAUCGUGAAGGCCAAGCCUGCCAAGACUGUGGUCAAAGCAUUUCCCGUGGCUCUAGUUGGCAGUGACACAAUCGACUUUCAUCCCCUGACCUUCGGUGGUGACAGUUGGGAUUCGGCUCAAGCUGCUUGUGUUGUCUUUUCUUCCCGUGACCUUUCUAAAAUCAUGGCCCCAGCAAAGGCGAUGAAGGCAAAUAAGGUUGCAAUGAAAGCCAUGAAGGGUCAGAAGGCAAUGUCAAAGGGAGCUCUUCUUGGUGAGUUGGUCAAUGCAACUGAGCUCAAGAGGUCGGACGUUUCCAAGGUCCUGAACACGUUGGCUGAGAUCGGCACAGAUGAGGUGAAGAAGUCUGGCAAGUUCACUCUUCCAGGACUGUGCAUGAUCAAAACUCGCAAGAAGGCAGCGACCAAGGCUGGCAAGAGGAUGAUGUUCGGCAAGGAGGUGAUCGUGAAGGCCAAGCCUGCCAAGACUGUGGUCAAAGCAUUUCCCGUGGCUCUAGUUGGCAGUGACACAAUCGACUUUCAUCCCCUGACCUUCGGUGGUGACAGUUGGGAUUCGGCUCAAGCUGCUUGUGUUGUCUUUUCUUCCCGUGACCUUUCUAAAAUCAUGGCCCCAGCAAAGGCGAUGAAGGCAAAGAAGGUUGCAAUGAAAGCCAUGAAGGGUCAGAAGGCAAUGUCAAAGGGAGCUCUUCUUGGUGAGUUGGUCAAUGCAACUGAGCUCAAGAGGUCUGACGUUUCCAAGGUCCUGAACACGUUGGCUGAGAUCGGCACAGAUGAGGUGAAGAAGUCUGGCAAGUUCACUCUUCCAGGACUGUGCAUGAUCAAAACUCGCAAGAAGGCAGCGACCAAGGCUGGCAAGAGGAUGAUGUUCGGCAAGGAGGUGAUCGUGAAGGCCAAGCCUGCCAAGACUGUGGUCAAGGCAUUUCCCGUGGCGGCUUUGAAGCAGCAAAUUUGA